UGUCUUUCUCUUUCUCCAUUUUCCACUCUCACUCUAAUUCCUUUUCUCUCUCUCUCUCUCUCUUUCUCUCGCACUUGUUUAGUGCUGCCAACUUGUCACUCUUCUGUUUUCGGAGGCGAACAAAGCCAGGCGGUGUACACAGCAUGGCAGCCUCCCGGAUUGCUUCGAAUUCAAGACUGUGUUUCAAAUAUAAGUUCUUCUUUUAUAUCGUGAUUUUAAUUUUAGGAGUCCAAUUACUCCUCGUUUACAAUUUUUAUAGCAUGAACCAAAAAGAACUGGAUAAACUACAACAAUGGCGAUCGGAUGUAAAAGGUUUGCCGAGAUUGUCGGCUGGGUCGCCCAUUGAAACUGACGGGAGGCCAAAUGUACUUACACGCAAUGUCUUGGAGAACGAGAAAGGUCCUCCUAACGGUAAAAUAGUUGCCCAACCAAAGCCUGUGAUAGACCCGCCAGCUAACUUCACGCCAAAAUGUGAAAUCAAAACCAAAGACACUUGGUCAGCUCUGAAUCGAGCCAAGACCAUUCUAUGUAAACAGGAAAUAUCAAAUGUCGCUUGCCUUGACAAGGAAGGAAAGCUUUACCCUAAGAGUCUUCCACGAUACUGUCCUUACAAAGGUAAUGACACAGGAAUGUACUUUGGAUGUUUCCGGGACUCCCGUGCCAAAAGGGAGCUGGGAGGGCAUCAUAAGGAUUUCCCAGAAACCAACUCACCUUCUGUGUGCAUUGCUCACUGCUUACAAGCCGGUUUUCAAUAUGCUGGAGUACAGUAUACGAAAGAAUGCUGGUGUGGGGACGAAUAUGGCAAAUAUGGUCUCUUAGCAGAUAUUCAUUGUUCAAAUCACUGUCCACAGAACAGCACGGAAACAUGUGGGGGUUUCCUUGCUAUGAGGGUGUUUAGCACCGGACUUGGAGAGAAGAAGAAGAUCCAAGCAACGUUAGUGAAAGCCAAUGAGAUUUUGUCCGAGGAGCGAGUCAGAAUUGCCUUUGUAUUUACAUUGAAUGGACGUGCCAUACGCCAAGUCUACCGUCUGCUUAAGACUCUCUACCAUAUCAACCACUACUACUUCUUCCAUGUGGACGCUCGUCAAGAAUUUCUGCAGAGAGAGAUGUUGGAGUUGGCCAAAAAGUUCCCGAAUAUGUAUGUUACCCACAACCGGUUACCCACGAUCUGGGGUGGUGCUAGUUUAUUACAGGCCCACCUGAACAUAAUGACGGAGUUACUGGCAAAGACCAACUGGAAGUGGGACUACUACGUGAAUCUCAGUGAAUCAGAUUACCCUAUCAAGAAACUGGAAGAACUUGUGGCCUUUUUAACCAAAUACAAAACAUACAAUUUUCUAAAAACACAUGGCAGAGAUACACCAAGGUUUAUUCAAAAACAAGGUUUGGACCAGACGUUCUUCGAAUGCGAGAAUCACUUAUGGCGUGUUGGACCACGGAACAUUCCAGAAGGUAUCCGGGUUGACGGAGGAAGCGACUGGAUCGGCAUUCAUCGGAACUUCUGUGAAUAUAUCAUUAAAUCUGAAGACAAACUUGUCCUGGGAUUGAAACGGGUCUAUGAAUUUACACUUCUACCUGCCGAGUCAUUUUUCCACACAGUAUUACAGAACAGUAAGUUCUGUGGAAUGUUUGUUGACAACAACCUUAGAAUCACCAACUGGCGCCGGAAGCUUGGCUGUAAAUGUCAGUAUAAACACAUCGUGGAUUGGUGUGGCUGUUCACCAAAUGUCUUUAAAUCUGCAGAUCUACAUCGGCUGAUGAACAUGGAUGAAAAACCAAUUUUCUUUGCUCGGAAGUUUGAACCAGUGGUUAACCAGGACAUAAUCAACAGUGUGGACACGUAUCUAUUUGGAUACAGUAACCAAGCUUUCCCUGGUUUCAACAGCUACUGGCAGAAUGAGUUCCAUCAUCUCGACAGAAAUACCAAAGUUGACGAUGCCUACCGCACAUUCUUUCACUCAUUCAUCCGUCUCUCCUUGCGGCACCUCACCGACUCAAACAGGCGUUGUCGGUUACGCUUCAUUGAACUGCUUGAAGUAAACAUGUUUUUUGAAACGGACCAUUUCCAUGGCCUGCUAGUGAAGUUCACUGCUGAGCAGAUGAGUUCAGGUAAAGUCUAUACCCUGGAGACACAGCUGCAUCCCAAGACCUUCUACAUGAUGUACAACACAGGCAACUCAGUGGACCGUCUGCAAGGUCUCGAGGUUGGCACUGAUUUUGACCCGAAAGAACUGAUUUUCAGGAAUUAUGGUCAGCUGAUGGGACCUUACAGCAACAUUGCCUUACGUCAUUCAUGGGGUAAUGGCAACGAGGUAGCUGUCUCAGUUGCCUGGAUUGACCCUAGUAAUACUGUUGCAGCAUCCUUUGAUAUGAAAAUACCAUCUGGUGUACAUAUUGGCGCACACAAACCCCAAUUUAAAAAGCCUUUGCGCCCAGGUGUCUGGACUAUAAAAGUUUUCCAUGAAUGGGAGACAUUUGCUGAAGUGAAGUUUCUGAUUCUCCCAUUGAGUUUUUACCAAGAGAGACCCAUCCUUGCCCCCGAGAUCUAUGCAACUCACAACGGACCCAAAGGACAUUACCUCGAAAAAGACUUCGACUUCUCAGAUUUUCGGAAACCACUAAAAAUCGAGAACAUCACCGAAGCCGAAAACCGGGCGACCAUCAAUGGUCGCAAGGUUGGAAAAGAUCUUGAGAGGUGGAUCGACACAUUAACUGCAGAAUUUUGGCAGCUUCAGAACUUCUGUGCACACAAGGAGACAGUACCUUUAUGUGGGGUACUCGAGAAAUGUGAACACUCCACCUGGAGCUCCAUGUCAACAGAUACAAAGUCAACAAUUACACUGGUCGAUGAAAAUACAGGAUACCUUCGGUAGCUUUCAUUAUUGUGAGGAUAGUUCUGGGACAUGGUACCUCUCUCCUCCUCGAUGGACCUCAGUCACUGUAUGGGACAAACUAAAAAUAGAACCAACAGUGGCAGCAGAGGAAAGGGGAAUAUCAUGUUCCCAGAAUUGGGAUCUAUAAUGAUUCAAUAUUUGAAUCUCAACUGUGCCAUCCUAGUUUUUUUUUUUUUUUUUUUUUUUUUUUUGUAAUUCAUUCUGUGUUUUUCCAUUUUUUUUUUUUAAAGGAAUGAUGCAAAUUACAACCAAAAGUGGACAAAUGCAAAUUUGAAAUUACUAAAAAAAAAUGCAAAUAUUAAUGAUGAAAAAUGCUAAUUAUGAAAUCAUAUUUUGGAGUAUGGUGUGGGUGCAGAUUGAAAAAUACCAUUUCAUGUCUUUUUUUUUUUUGUGUCAUCUACCAAAAUUACUUACAAAAAAAAAUUGUUGCAAAAAGAAAACUAAAUCACCUAGACUGUCAGUUUUACUGGAAAUACCCAAUGGCUAUUCAGUAGUGGUGUGUGCGUGUGUGUGCAUGUAUCUGCACAUGUGUCAGUGCAGUUUUGGUGCUCUACAUGCACACACAACAAAAGGCAUAAAUAUAACUGAUAUAUUUAUAUUACCAUAUAUGUAGCAUAUGUAUGUGUGUCUAUAUAUAUAUAUAUAUAUAUAUAUGUGUGUGUGUGUGUAUUUAUGUAUAUGAUAUGUAUGUUUAUAUAUGUAGCUAUAUACAUUUUUAUGUAUAUGUGUGUGUGUGUCUGUAUAUAAUUAAUAGAAGCCCUAGACAGUAUUAGAAGGAAUAGAUAUGUAAGGGAUUCUUAUGAGUACAGGCCUUUUGGAAAGUACAUAUUGUGAAGGUAAAUACAUAUAUUUUACUAAAAGCACAUGCUGGUAAGUUUAAUCCCGUCAUAUCAUGUAUAUAUAUAUUUUCUAUAUGUGUGUAUGUGUUUUAUAUCCUCAUUUGUGUGUAUGUAUGUGUAAGGACAAACUAGAAAUGUCCAGUUACAUGAGCAUAACAUUACAUUAAACCUAGGGUUAGCAUUUGAUCCAAACAUCUUGCCAUACUUGUAGUUUUGAGUUCAAACCUACCUAACAGUCAGUAUGUUAUGCCCACCAUCCAAAUCAAGGCUCUUCAACUUUUUGCUCUUGAUCUGUUCACCUGACAAGAGGUUGCUCCUCCAUGUUGACAGAAGGAGCUGCUGUGUCCAUUUUGCUACCCUUCUCUUUCCAUCACAGUACUUGAACUCAGCUGAUCUCAGUCUGUGUAACUUCACCAUUAAAAGGGUGACAUCAACUAAAGGUAGCUGACUAUAAAUAAAACAUGGCUCCAAAACAAGGUACUUUAAUGUAGCUCCUAUGAGGUUACUUAUUUGCUCUGCUAGAAAGAGCAGCUAAAUGUCCUUGCUUUUACAGCCAUGUCUUUAACCCUUUAGUGUUUGCAUUAUUCUGCCCAAAUUAAUCCUUUUUUAUCCACAUUGUUU